AUGUUGUUGAGCUUCCAGUCGAACCCAUACUCAUCCCUCUACGCGAUACACUCCGUUCAACCUCAAGAACCGCCAGAACCACCCGUAGAGCCAACCCCGUCGACAUCGGGAGGCCUAGUAUCAUAUGAAGAAUCUCCGACGAAGCCUCAAUGUUAUGAGACCGAUCCCACCGAGAUUCACAAUUAUAACACAUGGCAUCAGAACUUUUAUCAACGACCCACUCCUUUUUAUCCCGGACCACCACUGGUCCCAGUACAGCCCGAGAAAGAAGUGGUGGAGCAGAUUAAUUUGGCAGCCAGAUAUGUCGCUGCGAAUGGAGCAUACGCUGAGAGACGGUUAUUGGGUAAGUAGCUGAGAGAGUGAAGAUUAAUUUUUAACUUGGAUUGGACAGUAAUUUUGGUCUUCAACGCGAAAAAUGACAGGUUUUGACAUCAGAUGUCUAGUGUAAUAUAAUUUUUUGGAAAAUUGUACUGUUCUGAUGAUCUGACUGGAUUCUUUUGCAGAUAACCGCACUCCACUCAGCUUCCUCUACCCCGACAACCCGAAUAUCAUAUUCUACCACACGAAAAUACGGUAUUUUCAAUGCAAAUUGAACCCCUAUUCGGCCGACUUCACCAAGAGCAAAUAUUUUUAUAUGAUGGAAGGCAAUGAAGCAGAGAAUAACCAUCAGAAUGGACUGACAAAUUCCGCGAGAAUUGGAGGACAGCGCUAUGAUCAGCCAUCGACAUCAGUGGGAUAUAAAAUUUUGGGAAAUUCAAAUGAGUUGGGCGGAAGUGGACUGAAUCAGAAGCUCGAGAGCACGGUAAUUACCGUCCCAUCAGCUCCGGAACCUCCCAAGCCUCAGCAAUUCCCCGGAUUCGAAGCCGUUCCAGAUGAAGCCGACGAAAAAGUGAAGCAAUUGCGGAAAGAGAGGGCCCGGCAAUUUAUGGCUGAUCUGUUGAAGAGAAAACGCAAUAAAAAUGAGGAAAAUCGACCGGUCGAUAAGGCAGAAGACGUCAAGGAGUCUGUCAGAGAGGCUUUCGGAGAGGAAGAGCAGAUCACGGAGUAUCGGGAGAGAAGCGACGACGAAAAAAAGACGGAGGAAAGUAUUCCACCUCCCGAGAAGGUGCUGCCCGGAUUAAUCUCAGAAUUUGGUACAGAAACAGGUGAAAAAGUUGGUGGAGAAGGAGGAAAAUGGAGAGAAGGAGAAGAGAGCAGAUGAUCGAGCAGAAAGUAGAGGGUCUAGGGAGAGUGUGGAAAGCGAUAGAAGCCAAGGAAGUUCGAGAAGACGGAGUAGAUCAAGGUCAAGAAGAAGAAGGUCUAGAAGCCCGGAGAGACGAAGAAGAUCCAGAAGCUCUUCAAGAUCGAGAAGAGAGCGAAGUUCGAGCAGAAGUCCAAAGAGAAGAAGGAGAAGGUCGAGAAGUCGGAGUUCAAGCUACAGAAGAAGAUCACCAAGUCCAAGGUGGGUAGAAUAAGAUUUUCUUGGAUGUUUUUGUUUUGAAAAAAGCUAAAAUACUAAUCGAAUUUGAUUUAUUUUUAUUUAUUUUACUUCCAGACAUCGCUCCCAUCGACGCCGCUACAGGUCCAGGUCCAGAAGUUGAAAAAAUAUUGUACUUGAUCAUUCGAUUGUUAAUGUUUGUCUUUUUGAAGUUUAACGAUAAAUAA